CUCCCCAAUCCCAGGCACUCUUCGUCGAUCAGCUCCUUUAGUGUCGAAUCGUGGGUUAACAUUAUCAUCGUCAUGGCCCUUGGCAGAGGACUGUUGUGGGGCUUUUCUGGCCCUUGUGUGCUCCUGCUUCUCCUUCAGCUCGGCGUCCUGGCAGAAGGGCGAAUCUACCAAAAGCGACGCAUGUCCGAGAUCGAGACCUUCCGGCAGGGGGCGCUGGAGGUGUGCGUGGAGCCCUUCUCUCAGAGGGCGCGGGUGGACCUCCGGCUCAAGGUGAUGAACCGCGGAUCGGCGAAGGUGGUUCCCGUCGGCAUCGUCUCCCUCAGGAAGAACCAGCUGUCGGACGGCGCCCAACACACCGUCACUGCCAACCACUUCGUCGAGGAGGGGGAGCACAAGAUGAUCGUGUUAGUCGAUGGCACUUACACACCUUACGAAAAGACUCAAGUUUACGCCCCCAGUGAUGAAUACGUAUUUUACGGAUUCAGCAUAUCUCUCAGGGGACGCGCUAAUAUUACUCAGUGUAAUGUGACGCCGAAAACGACAACGACAACUACAACUACGACAACCUCAACGACAACACCUCGUCCAGCUCCAACCACCACGACUACCCCGGCCGGCACGACAACUACAGAACGACCAACGGUUAACGAAACGCGUCUCUUUAGAAAAAUAAACCAGAACGGGAUGGGCCGACAGUUGACAGGACCCACGGAAAAUGAUGACAUGACCUUUGAUGACCCUUCUGAGGAAGUUGUGCCGUCGGUUGAGGCAGGGACUGAGUCAACCAUUCAGACUAAUGCAACAUCGGAGAGGGAAGAAUGGUGGGACUUCGUGUGGAAGAUGGGGAACUUCAAGGGCGUUCCCGUCCUGCUCCUGCUGAUCGUCACCCUCAUCGUCGGGCUCGUCCUCGGCGCCCUCUGCACGCUCUGCUGUGAGGUCUACUUCAGCAGGAGGAGAGACGUCGACAAGGGCCACGAGGUCGACCGCAAGUUCUCCAACUACACGAGCUUCCGGCCGGACUACUACCCGAGGCUCUCCACCACCACGACCCUCACCAGCACCCUCAACAACGCCCGCGUCGACAACGAGGCCAACCACAGCAACCCACUGAGCCAAUGUCCGCCGCCCUCGCCCCCGUGCUCGUCCCCGGCAGACACCUACAGCAUGCCCCACGAUGCCCACCGGGAACGCGCGGGCUCGGUGUCCGUCCACGACGAGACCCUCCCGCUGAACUACCCGCUGACGUACCCGGACCGCGACCCACAGAACUCCAAACUCCUGCACACGUUCGGCGGCCAGUCCUACCGGGAGUCGGAGUACCAGUGAGUCCUGCGGGGAGAGACUGGUACCUCGGAGUCCCAGAGGAGGAUCGGGAGGUACCAAGAGCAGGAAUGAUCGUCAUGGAAGACCUCACAUGCAAGAAGGGAGUCGUUCCAUCGCGCCGAUUGUACGCUGUGACGUCUUUGUCAGUGUGUUUCACCGCUGUUGAUUCCCUUUAACUGGUGCUAAAGUGUCGUGUGAUCAAGCGACGUUGGAAUUGUGAUGUUAGGGUUAGGGUUUACUGGUUUUCGACGAAGGGAUCUGUUUUAAUUCCAGUGAAAUGAGCUGGAAUAUCGAUGGAUUUGGCCAGCGAGGCGGAAGGAGAGCAACCUGGUAUACUCUGAAAUUCUCAUGUUUAGGAGUAUUCUAGUCAAAAGAAGGGGAAAUGCGGCUUUUUGGAUGGAAUAUUUCGGUGGAAUGUUUAUCUACAAGAAACAUGUAUUUGUGGAAGCUAUAGAAUAAUAUGAUCUGACUUAUGAUGACUGUCAUGAUUUUAGUUCACUGGUAUCUGUCUGUGAUUUGCAAAGUAAAUGAUUUAUGCAAGAGAGAGAGAGAGAGAGAGAGAGAGAGAGAGAGAGAGAGAGAGAUGCAUCUAAAUUUUCUGUGAUAAAUAGAGAAAAUAUGCCUAUUUGUAGACUUUUGGUCCGUAUAUCAACUUUCAUUGUAAAAGAAUCAUUAGCUGAUGUAUUAAAAUCAAUAAAAAGGUUAUAAACAUU